CAUGUGCUGGUGGGUGCGUCCGUGCGUAUGUGGGUGCGCGGUCUGGUUUCACGGCGGCCCCCGCAGGAUCCGUGCGAGUCGUCACGGCAGAGCUUCCACUGGGACAGCCCACGGGUCAGUGGUCAGAGCCCGAGUGGAUAGCCCCUUCUGGCGCCGAGACCGUGCCCCUGACGGAGUUCGCCGGCAGCGGCCAGAUCAACUCGUUGGGGGGAGUGCCGGCGUUGCGGGGCAUGCAGUGCCCGCUGCAGUUCGCGACCGAGGAGAUCGUGCUGAGCUUCCUGCUCUACGUGCCCGAGCCCGCGGAGCCCGCGCCGCUGCUCCUCUUCUUCCACGGGGACAACGCCCGCGACACCGCCUGCUGCCCCAUGCCCGGGCUGGCCGACUUCGCCGACACCUACGGGCCGGCGGAGGUCUGCAAGGGCAGGAGGAAGGCGGAGCACGAGGCGCGCAGGUUCGUCGUCGUCACGCCCUGCAGCCCCGCCGAGUACUGGUUCUUCAGGUACCCCGCCGUGCACGACUCGGGCGCCUACGUGCCCGCGGUGGAGCGGUGGGUGCGGGCGCUGGCCCGGUGGACGGAGGCGCUGGGGCUCACCUGCCCGCGCGCCUGCGGCGGCCUGCGCCUCGUGGGCCAGUCCAUGGGCGGGUACGCCGCCCUGGAGCUGGCCCGGGCGAUGCCGGAGGAGGUGGCGGCGAUCGGCUGCGGCGCUCCGUGCUUCGACGCCUUCCGGCUCGACCGGCUCGCCCAGAGGAUCCAGAACAUCCCCUUGUGGAUCCUGAUAGGCCGACAGGACACCAUGUGCGCCUUCGAGGAGGCAGCGACUUUGGCCCUGAGGCUGCGGGACCUCAAGGCCAAGUUCGUCCGGCUGUCUAGCCUGGGCAUCCGAGCUCACAGCGACGCUUGCAAGCAGCUGGACAAGGCCUUCUUGUUCCGGUGGCUGCUUAACCCGCUCGGGGACGGAUGACGGGGAGGC